AUGCUUAAUUCUAGCGUUAAUGUGGGAACCAUAAAUAACUCCCUGAAUCUAGAACGAGUCUAUAAUCAAACUGUGAAAAGUUCUACUUCCUUGGCCCGGAGAAUAGGUAAGGCAGUGAUGGUCGCUCGCUCUCAAUGUGAAAUAGAAGACCUUCCUAAAAGAAUCAUAGAAGCUGUGGGGUCUAGCCAAUCAGCUGAACAUUUACUCACAUCUAAAUUGAGUUGA